AUGGCCACCUGGAGGUUGGUCGCCAGAAACCGGGUCCUCGAAGAGUGGUCGCGCCGACUACGCGAGAACCCGGAGAUGGCGAUCAAGAGGGUCGUCGAGGCCAUAGGGCCCCGCCUGCGACAGUGGGUGGAAAGGAGCUGGGGAGGCCUGACCUACAGGCUGACACAAAUGCUCACCGGGCACGGGUGCUUCGGUGAGUACCUGUGUCGUAUAGGGAGGGAGUGUGGCGCGCACUGUCACCAUUGUGAUGGCGACCUGGACACCGCGCAACACACCCUAGAGGUGUGUCCCGCAUGGGAUGCAGAGCGCGGUGUCCUGGUCGCCGUCAUCGGAGGGGAUCUCUCAUUCCUUGGCGUUGUCGGCGCGAUGCUGGGGAGCGAGAGGAAGUGGUGCGCGGUCUCCUCCUUCUGCGAGCAGGUGAUGCUCGCGAAGGAGGAAGCCGAGCGGGCGAGGGAGCCCGCGAGGGACGACGCCGCGGAAGAGGUUUCCCGAACCCCCGUGAAAUUAGUCAUUCAAUCAGUAUGA